CCCGCCGGGGAAGGCGCCGGGGCCAUGGGGGCCGGGUUCGGCCUGGGGCUGGGGCUGGCCCUGACCUCCAGCGCCUUCAUCGGCGGCAGCUUCGUCCUCAAGAAGAAGGGGCUGCUCCGGCUGUGCCGCCGCGGCCGCGCCAGGGCAGGGCAAGGAGGGCACGCGUACCUGCGGGAAUGGCUCUGGUGGGCAGGGCUGCUGUGCAUGGGAGUUGGAGAAGCUGCAAAUUUUGCUGCCUAUGCCUUUGCCCCUGCAACACUGGUAACUCCAUUGGGUGCUCUAAGUGUCCUUGUUAGUGCAGUUCUGUCUUCCACCUUCCUCAAUGAGCAGCUGAAUGUUCAUGGGAAGAUUGGCUGCAUCCUGAGUAUCCUGGGCUCCACUGUGAUGGUGAUCCAUGCUCCGCAGGAAGAAGAGGUUUCCAGCCUGGAGUCAAUGGCAGAGAAGCUGAAAGAUCCAGGAUUCAUUGCAUUUGCUGUUUGUGUCCUGGUGAGCUCCCUUCUGCUUAUCUUUGUGGCUGGACCCCGUUAUGGACAGAGCAACGUGCUGGUUUAUGUUUUGGUCUGCUCUGCCAUUGGCUCACUGUCCGUAUCCUGCGUCAAAGGCCUGGGCAUUGCCCUCAAAGAACUGUUUUCUGGGAAGCCAGUCCUGAAAGAGCCACUGGGCUGGGUGCUCCUGGUGUGCCUGGUGAUCUGCAUCAGCAUCCAGAUCAACUACCUGAACAAAGCCUUGGACAUUUUCAACACAUCUGUGGUCACACCCGUUUACUAUGUGCUGUUCACCACAGCAGUCAUGACGUGCUCCACCAUCCUCUUCAAGGAGUGGCAGCACAUGGUGCUGGACAACGUCGUUGGCUCCAUCAGCGGCUUCCUCACCAUCGUGUCUGGCAUCUUCCUCCUGCACGCCUUCAGGGACAUGCCCUUCACUCCCAGCCUCCUGCCCCUCUUCCUGCAGCCAGGCAGGGCAGACCUACAUCCCCCAUGGAGCAGUGCAGACAGACACCAGUCCUGUCAGCACCAGCCUCUGCUGCCCUCAGAGGACAAAGGUUCUCAGAGCACAGAGGAGGAGAAGUGA